AUGAUUAACUUUUCUUCAAAGCCUGACCCUUUUGACUUACUCGAAUUUUUAAAUACAAAAACAGUCAAUCACUAUCCUAUCUCCAAUUUUAUGCUUCUCAAUACAGUAAAUAACAUAAAUGCUGCAGUCGGAAAUAUUUUUAAUGGAAAUUUGACUAUACUUAAUUCUCUUACCUUUCCAGGAAAUUCUCCAAAUAUUCCGAACUCUCCAACGACUGCAGUCAAUAUAUGAAUGGCAAGUGGAAACACAAAUUGGAUGUCAUCUCCUGAUGUUGUAGUGCAUGAACUAGCAAUUGCGGAAACGUUUGCCCUGAACUAUUGGAAAAGUACACAUGCUUUAGAAGGUUUUGAAAUAACAGUAACUAACACUGAUUGUGGGGCGUCUGAAUACAAUGCUACCUAUGGGUAUUUCUGCUUUUAUAAUUUACUUGCUACUCCUGGCGUUGGCUAUUUAUCAUCACCAUACCCGUACAUAGACUUGCCUACAUCUAUACAUUGAGAAGUUUAA